AUGAGCAUGAUGUUCAAGCAUUUCAUUUAUGUUUGCAAGCUUGCCCUGCCUCAGCAAACCCGCGAAAUGGAUAGAAAAAAAAGACACCUGUCCAUCGUGUGGCUGAGUGGAGUAGAAGACGCACCGGUUCGACGCUGCUUCACACUCACAUCACUGAAUAAUAUUUAUCUUGUUGGAGAUGAAUUUUUGUUGCUACAGAGCUGA